AUGAGUCGAGAUAGUAAAAGAGCUGUUUUUGAAGACGACAGAGGAGAUAGAAUCAGUAGUCUACCGAGUAACGCUAUAGAUUGUAUUCUUGAGUUCCUGCUUGUUCAAGAUGCAGCAAGAACUAGUAAUUUGUCAAAAAAGUGGAGAUAUAUUUGGGCCAUGCUUCCAAAUCUGAAGUUGGAUAAUCUCUUUUGCAAUAAAUUAGCAUCAAGAUCUCAAUAUGUAUUCAAACAAACAAUAGACAAGAUUCUCUUACAGCAUAUCGAAGACAUUGUGAAGUUUGAUCUUGAUCUAUCAGGAGUAGAGUUGAAUCCGUGUCCAGAUAUUGAUAGAUGGAUACUUUAUGCCACUAGAAAUGGUGUCAAGAAGCUAAAGCUUAAAAUGACGAAAGAUGAUUCUAAAAGAGUUGAUGCUGAUAUUGAAGAUAGAUUCAGUGCUCUACCAAGAAACCUUGUAGAUGAUAUUCUAAGGCUCUUACCCGUUCACGACGCAGCAAGAACUAGUAUUUUGUCAAAAAAUUGGAGAUAUAUUUGGGCCGCGCUUCCCAAUUUAAUGCUUGAUAAGACCUUUUGCAGUAAAUUAGCUGUAAAAUCUCAAUCUGUAUUGAAAGAAACAAUAGAUAUGAUUCUCUUACAACAUAUUGGAGAAACUGUGAAGUUUGAUCUUGAUGUUUCAGGAGUACAAUUGUGUUCAUAUGCCGAUAUCGAUAGAUGGAUGCUUUAUGUCACCAGAUAUGGUGUCAAGGAAUUAACCCUUUUCAUGUCAAAGAAUAUUAAUAGUACUUAUAAAGUGCCUUCUUAUAUAUUCAAUUGUCGAACCCUGACACAAUUGAAACUCUUCAAUUGCAUCUUCAAAUUACCAAAUUCUUUUCUUGGGUUUCAAACUCUUACCAUCCUUCAGUUGAAAGAAGUAACCUUCGCGCCUGCAAUAGAGUUUUAUGCUAUCAAAACGCCACUUCUUGUCGAAUUAAUCUUGACACAUUGUGAGGGCACUCAAUAUCUUAACAUUGAGUUCUCAUCAGGAUUGAAGUACUUGUUUGUUCGUGAGAGUCACUAUAAUCUUGACCUAAAUAGCAAUUACUUUAGGAACAUCAAAAAAUUGACAUACUUAUACCUUGUGAUUGAUAAUCCAAUACGUGUUGAUGAAAGAUUAACUUUGGAAAAGCUUCUUUUUAGUUCGCCUACACUUGAGACACUUACUUUGGGUACAGUCCCAAAGGGGCUUCAUUAUACACUCAACUGCUUGUGGCAUCUACAGUUAGGUGUAAACUUCAACAAAUUGGGUCAGACUUGUUACACUCUCGAUUUGAUUAAAAGUUUCCCCAAUUUGAGUAAACUUGAGAUUUGGGACAAUGCUUUCGGUGACCCUGAUGAAGCAGUUAUGAAAUAUCUAGACGCACCAUCAUGUUUGGACCAAACACUCAACAAGCUUGAAGAUGUUUCCAUCCAUAUUUUUAGGCGAUCCAAAGUUUUACUAUCUUUCAUAAAGUUAUUGUUUGCUCAUGCUCCAUCUUUGUCAAGGAUGAGCAUUAAGCCGAAAAAUGCUUCUAGUUCCAAAGAAGAAUUGAAUGUUGCUACAGAGUUGAUGCGUUUCCCCAGAGUAUCUCCUAAGGCAAAGCUAUUCUAUCAUCCAACAGUUGGAUUAAAUGCCGAAUGA